UUGUAAAAAUAAAGGUUAUUUCUUGAGUCGUGAGUGCAAACACCUGGCAACCGCAACCACAACCUUCGACGCAAUCAUAUCUGCAGCCAUAGCAGCCAGAUUCAGCUGGGUAAACAAAGCGGACCGCUCCGAGCUAACCGUUAGCAAAACGGCAUUUUCAAAUGAUUAAAAACAGUAAUACAUCCCGUUAAAGGAGGUUUAUAACUGUACAGCAUUGCUAAUAUUCUAUCAAACUCUCGCUUUGAUUAUAUAAUAUGCUAUGUAAUAGUGUUCAUCUAUCGUAUGCAGCGGCUAACUCGUUAACCAGUCAGGCUUAGUGAGGCUGCUUUGAUUGGCCUUGGGAGCGAGGUUAAAAUUAGUUCAAAUGACAAGCUAUAAUUGUUUCACUGUUGUUGAAAAUUAUUUGUUCAGUCUGUUUUGAUAGGUGUUUAUUUGUAUUACACGUAUUACAGCUUCCAUUUGGCUAACCAGUUACUUGAGAGAUGAGGUGUUACUGAGCCGAUUAAAUCCCACUUCAUUGCAGCGUUUUAAGAAGUGACAGUUCGAUAAUGCGACAAUUGGUGGUAAAUGACAAUCUCUAGAUUAGCUCUCAUUUCCUUCUAGUUGUACCAAAUAAAAUGCCUGCAUUCAAAUCUUUACAAGUUGUUCAAGCAAGCAGAUAGAUGUUUGCUAGCAGUUAAAGUUUUUCUAAGAAAACGGACAGUCAACGUACUAAUAGGACAAAUCGGCUGUCAUGAUAUAAUUCUCGAUUCAAACUUUGAGUGAGAUGUUCAACCUGAUGGCGAACUGCUGUAACUGGUUGAAAAGAUGGAGAGAGCCUGCGAGGAAAGUGACUCUUGUAAUGGUUGGAUUGGACAAUGCAGGAAAAACAGCCACUGUCAGAGGUAUCCAGGGAGAAAGCCCUUCAGAUGUAGCACCUACUGUGGGCUUCUCAAAGGUUGACCUGAAGCAGGGGAAAUUUGAGGUCACAAUCUUCGAUCUAGGUGGUGGGAAGCGUAUUCGUGGCAUCUGGAAAAACUACUACUCAGAAUCUUAUGGAGUGGUGUUUGUUGUAGACUCCAGCGAUGUCCAGAGGAUCCAUGAGACCAGAGACACAAUGGCUGAGGUCCUCCGCCAUCCCCGUAUUUCAGGCAAACCUGUAUUAGUACUGGCUAAUAAACAGGAUCAAGAUGGGGCAUUGGCUGAGGCAGAUAUCAUCGAAAGCCUGUCAUUGGAGAAGCUUGUCAAUGAGAAUAAAUGCAUCUGUCAGAUUGAGCCCUGUUCUGCAGUGCUCGGUUAUGGAAAGAAGGUGGACAAAUCCAUCAAAAAUGGCCUUAAUUGGCUCCUGAGCAAUAUUGCAAAGGACUACGAGGCAAUUUCGGAGCGUGUGCAGAGAGAUACAGCAGAACAAAAAGCUCAGGAAGCGCAGGACAAGAAAGAAAGAGCAGAGAGAGUUCGGCGAAUCAGAGAGGAGAGAGACAAGCAGGAGCGAGAGGGGAGGACGGUCAAAGAGGAGGAGCUAGAAGAGUUCAACAUGGCCAACCCAUUCCAGCCAAUAAUCAGUGUUGUUACCGAGAAUGAAGACAGGCUGAAAAGGGAGAAAGACAUGCAGAGAGGAGUUGGUCAGCAGGGCAGUGCACAAGAACAGACAGCCCUCCGAGAUGAGGAAGAAGAGGAGGAUGAAGAGAGCGAGAGACAGACCCCAGAGAGCACAGAAUCAGGAGUCGUGGACCAGUCUAAAAAGAAUACAAGGAAAUUACGUCUGAAACGCAAGCACAGAGUUGACCCUCUUAGGGUGGAUGAAGCAACACCCAAAAGCCCCCCUCCUCCUUCCUUGCCAGUUGGAUGGGCUACUCCUAAAGUUUCUAGACUCCCGAAACUUGAGCCUCUUGGUGAUACAAGACCUUCUGAUUUCUAUGGCAAACCCCUCCCACCUGUAGCAAUUAGACAGAGGCCAAACAGCGAUACUCAUGAUGUAAUUUCCUAACACCCUUCCCCCGCACUGGCUUGCAAUUCUUAAUGGUCCCAACCAAUCAAAAUCUUGUUUUGUUCUUAUCUUCAAGCACGGGCAUUGUAGUAAUCAACGCAGAUGUAAUUGCCCAUAAGUGAGGAACUGAUACCCAGUCAGCAAACCCAGAUGGACCACAUUACUUGAGCAACCAAUGACUGAUGGUCAGCAGAAGCUGUGUUCCCUGGCCAGUGUUUAAGAAAAUGGGAUGGACAACCACAAGCUCUACGGAGCAGUGAUUGAUUGGUGGGACACAUGGUCCAUGGACAUUCUUUAUAUAGAAUGUUCAGGUCAUUUUCUUACAUGGAGAACAGUUCACUAUUUCAGUUUAGAUUUUUUUUCCCCUGUUAGUCUUUAGAGCCUUUUUGUCUUCAUUUUCAAAAAAUGUUACACAUCAGUAUUAACACAUUUAAAACAGAGACUAUCUUUUGUGGAAAAAACAUUCCAAAGCUAUAUUUUUAAGAGCAAAAAUAUGAAAAAUAUGCAUAGUUUUAAAUUAAGUUGAAAUUGUACAAACAUGUCUUAUGUUUUUAUGGUUCACAUGCAUAUCUGUGCCCAAGCUUUAGCUGUUGUACAUAUAUCUUGUGUAGUUGAUUGUGACACAACUUGCCUUGAAAAUAUCAGAUGGUCUUGUUUUUUCCCCCUCAGUAUCAGUACAGCAGGUCUAUACACUACGCUGUAUGAGAUUCAUACUCCCAAAUAGCACCAGCAACUAAAACUCUGAGUGAAUGUUUGUAUAUGUGUCAUAAUGUAAUGUUUUGAAGAUAGUACAAGCUUUUUAUUGAGCAGCACAAUUUGAACCAGCAUUUUAAUCUCUUAAAUAGUACAGUACAUUAUUCUUUAUUAGUGACAAUACAAAAACAAAACAAAAUCCUAUUUAGAAAGGUAAGUGGGUAAUUUCUUAGCUUGCAGAUUUACAGAUGCUAAAGAAAUAGUUCUCACAAAAAUGAAAAUUCUCAUAAUUUACUCAUCCUAUCUCAGAAGUGUAUUUCUUUCUUCAGCUCUGUAGGUCCAUACAAUACAAGGUCAACUAUUCAUUUUAAGAGAUUCCAAUUGUCUCUACUAUAACGCACAACUUCUCUAUAUUUCUAUGUAUAAUGACAUCACAAACCUUACACACUGUUUUCAUAUUUAUUUGAUGUUCCAAGCUAAUGCUAUUUUUAUACUUCAUAUUUGUUUACACAUAUAAUCAGUUUACAUGUUUCUUUUUCUUUUUAACACCUACAUACUUAUUUGGCAACAGUUAUAUUCAGUCGAUAACUCCUGAAGUUCUGUGCAUCAUCUAGUUUGCUCUGCUUUAAGUACUUGCGCCUUUUGUACCCAGUUUACAUUUAACAUG